AUGCUAGGAAAUGACACCUCUCAAGCAUCAGCAUCAACUCCCCUCAAGGAGUCUAAUCAGUCCUUCGAAAUAACAAAGGACGUGGGGAGCUCACAAGGUAAUCGCCAUAGCUCUGAACAUGAACCGAGUGAAAUCGAGUCAAAGGGGCAGACAAAUCCUAUAUCCCCCGUUGUUGAGGUACAGGAGAUACCAGAUGUAGAAGAGAUCUGGGAAGAGGCAUACGGUCGCAUACGCAAUAACAAGGUCUUGGAGAAACUCGUGAUUGAAUAUGAGAAAAUAGUCCGCUCAAAACUCCCGUCGGCGACAACGGACCCUGACUCCGGCGACGUCGACAACAAUCAGAUGCCCUUACCGCGUCAACUUGCUGAUCUAGACGGGAAAAGUCGCCAGAAAUUGAUGGACGCAUUGGUGGAGGAAAGCAGCAAUAAUGCAGCAGAUAUCAAAGCAUUCGAUACCUUCUCAAAAGUGUUCAACUCGACCAAGGAUGGAAUAUCGAGCGUGCUGGCUGUUUACCCACCUGCCUCUAUUGCCUGGACAGGGGUCUGUUUAGUAUUGACUCUGCUUGUCAGAUACAGUGAUCAAGUUAAUGCGAGCCAUAAUGGCCUCCUGUAUAUUAUCGCGAAGCUUCCAUGGUAUGCGCACUUGGUCGAGCUUCUGAGGCCUGAAAUAUGGCAGUCUCCCCAGCAGUUCCGGCAGUCCAAGGCCCCUCUCAAAGAGGCAAGCAUAGAGCUAUACAGGCUCAUCAUUGAAUUUCAGAUCUUGACUCUGCAAGAAUGCCAUCACAAGUUCAGAACUCUUUCCAAGACCUUCGUGGGGCUGGGCUCAUCCGCGGAGGAUAGACUGACUAAGAUCAAAGAAGCUGAGAGCGAGGUGCAGACGUAUAUGGAAAUCGAUUUCAGAACAUAA